CGAUCAGAUUCACACAAGCACCGACCAUGUCUCUGCAACGGUAAAGAUUUUGACGAAAAGUUCCCUUAUAAGAUUCCUUAAAACGCGCCGUUUCAGUUCUCUAGAAACACCGACCCUGCAUCUGCAACGGUGAGAGUGAGAUUUCGACGAGAAGUUUUCCUAAAACGUGCCGUUUUAGUCUUCCAAAGGCGCCGACCCUGACCUCUGCAACGGUAAGAUUUCGAUGAGAGGUUUCCGUUGUAAGUAUCCUCUACUCCGCAUAUGGGCCUGCGAGGAAGGAAAGUUUAGGUUUGAUAGGAUUUAGACGUCGUUGGAAUUCAAAGCAAACCAGUUGCUCGCGUAUUCUCCGAAUCGUAACUCUCGAAUCACACACCGUUAUUCGCAGCUCUAAUGCCGCCUAAAACUGAGAAAGUAGUGGUCGAUGUGGUGGAUAUCGUCAGCAGCGACGAUGAAGAGUGUGUAGCACUGGCUACUGGAACGAACAAUCCGACAUCGCCGAUCCGAAGAGUGACGUCGCAAAGCAUAUCCCUAGCGCCGCCGCAGCAACAACUUAACUCUGGGGAUAUCGCGAGGCCGUUGGUUCAGACAGAUCAAAACCUCGAGUCUCGCAGUUUCUGGAAGGCCGGGAAUUACGCUCUGAGCCGCACCGCCCGUUCUGCUCCCGCCUCAGGUCAGUUGGAGCACGCACGAGUACAUCCCAAAUUUCUCCAUUCUAAUGCGACUUCCCAUAAAUGGGCUUUUGGAGCAAUUGCAGAGCUCUUGGAUAAUGCUGUUGAUGAGAUUCACAAUGGUGCAACUUUUGUGAAGGUCGACAAAUUUGAUAUCAUAAAAGACCAUGCUCCUGCUUUAAUUUUCCAAGAUGAUGGUGGAGGAAUGGAUCCUGAAGGUAUGCGAAAAUGUAUGAGCUUGGGGUAUUCUUCCAAGAAAUCAAACACAACAAUUGGACAGUAUGGUAACGGAUUCAAGACAAGUACCAUGCGGCUAGGUUCUGAUGUUAUUGUUUUCAGUCGUGCAACUCAUGAAAGCAAAGCAACCCAAAGUGUUGGUCUUUUAUCCUAUACUUUUUUGCGGAAAACUGGACAGGAUGAUGUUAUAGUUCCCAUGAUUGAUUUUGAUGUUUCUGGCCAGUUGGCAGAACCAAUAAUUUAUGGCUCACAGGAUGACUGGUACUCUAAUUUGAAAACUAUCCUUGAAUGGUCUCCAUUUGCAUCGAAAGAGCAGCUUAUGCAGCAGUUUGAGGAUAUUGGACGUCAUGGUACUAAAAUUAUUAUAUACAACUUGUGGCUGAAUGACGAAGGCAUAUAUGAAUUGAGUUUUGAUGAUGAUGAUGAGGAUAUACGGCUGAGAGAUGAAGCUAAUGGUGGAGGUUUAAAAAAAUUACACAAAAGAGUUGUUGAACUCCAAUCACAUAUUUCUUACCGACUGCGAUUUUCUUUGAGAGCUUAUGCUUCUAUUUUGUACCUGAGAAAGUUCAUAAACUUCAGCAUUAUAUUAAGGGGCAAGCCUGUGCAGCAGUUAAUGAUUGCAGAUGAGUUGAAAUAUUCAAAAGUUUCAAGUUAUAAGCCUAAUCUAGCUGCGUCGUCGAAAGAGGCUGCUGUGGAAACAACUAUUGGUUUUAUAAAGGAAGCACCUGCUCUUUCAGUUUCUGGAUUCAAUGUGUACAAUAAAAAUCGUCUGAUCAGGCCUUUCUGGAAAGUCACAGCUGAGGGUUCCUCCAAAGGGCAUGGGGUUGUAGGAGUUCUUGAGGCAAAUUUUAUAGAACCGGCACAUGAUAAGCAGGAUUUUGAGAGGUCGUCACAGUUUAUUCGGCUGGAAGCUAGGCUGAAGCAAAUUCUGAGCGAUUACUGGAAAAACCAUUGCCACUUAAUAGGACUUCUUCCGCCUAGCUUCCGUGCACAAAACAUGCAAAAGGAACUCCCUAGGCGAUCUGGUGGCAAGAACAAUUUACAGAAAGAUUUUCCUGUUGAACCAACAAUUGUUGAUCUUGAGAAGGAAACCCAUAAUGAAGUUGUAUCUGAAGAUGGUCCGGCAUCGGUAUCAGUUGAUCAGAUAUGUGAAGAGAAUAUACAACUUUUCUUGAGGUGUGAGGAGUUCAUGAAGAAGGAAACCGAAAUGAAAGAGGAGAUUGUGAAACUAGAAAAAGAGUUGGAAGCGGCUAAGAGGAAGCGAGCGCAACUUUCUUCAAUUGUGGAUACCAGCAGGAAGCAAAAUAUUGCAAAACGAUUGGAAAAGGUUUCGUAAAAUUAGACCCUGAAUCAUUCAGUGGUACUAGAAUGGCGGACUGAUGAUCCUUCAUACAGAAUUGGAUGUUCUGUGGGAGGGAGAAAUUCUGUACGGGUUUAUUUUAACCUUGAGUUGCUAGGACAAUUCUUGUACAGCCCAAUCUCCUUUGGCUGUGUAUAUAUGUAACUAGAAUUGACCCUGUUAGUAUCUGUGUACUUUGUUUGUUUAAGCCUUAAUUUAUAUUUUGCAUCUUUGAACUUCGAUUUGGAUCAAAUAAUAGAGGACUACGUUGCAGGCAAGCAUGCAUUGGAAA